AAAGACUGAAAGCGUAACGAAGAGCCGAGGAGGCUAAAACCAGUCCAACAGAGACACAAACUGAAGGAACAAUGGAAAGAACGACUGAGACGCAGACACUUCAAACCCACUGAGGAGAACACAACAGGACCAGGACCAGGACUCAGCUGCAGAACCGGAUCACACUGAACCACCAUGGACUAUGAGCCCAAGAAGUCCAGGAAGGGUUUUGUGUCUCCCAUUAAGCGUCUGGUCUGGUCUAAAUCCGCCCGUAGACCUGUCGAUCGCAGCAGUGUUUACCGCCGCCCGCUGCACACCGUCCCUCUGUACGCUCCAGACUACCUCAUCCAUCCUGAGAGACUCAUCUUCGACUACGUGGAGAAGGAGGUCAAGUUUCUUGGUCACCUGACCUGGGUGUCCGUGUCGCUGAACCCGUCCAGCCGAGAUGAGCUGCUACAACUACUGGACACAGCCAGGCAGCUGAAGGUUCUGCCGCUGAAGACGAGUCCAGAUCAGGACUGCAUUCUGAGUCUGUCUGCUCGCUGUCUGCUGCUCACCUGGAGAGACAAUGAGAAGUUGCUGCUGAGGAUUCCCACCCAUGAGAUCGCUGCUGCCUCCUACCUGAGAGACGACGCACUGCACCUGCUGGUCCUCAAGACAGGUCUGAACGUGGACACCGUGGUUGCUGGCGAUGACAGCCUCGACAGGAAAAAGCCAACAGGUGUCGAUGGGCGUCGUCAAACCAUGAGCUGCAACGCCGACCCACGACCAGCAGGAGGCACGAUGGAGCGCAGACACACCAUCUGUGGAGUGGACUGGAGGCCAUCACUGUCCAGGAGCAACCAUGAUAAAAAUCAAAAUGUGGACCGAGAAAGAGGAGGAGAAAGAGGAGGAGGAGGCAGCUUAGAGAGGAAGAGAGUGGGAGGCAGCUGGGAGAGGAGGCAGCAGAGCCGUAAACCAGGAGGGAGCUGGGAGAACCGCAGAGCCAGGCCCAUGAGUGGGAGCUGGGGGGUGGGGGGAGGGAGCUGGGAGAGGAGGCACGGAGGAGGUGGAGGAGGAGGUGGUGGGGGAGGAGGGAGCUGGGAGAGGAGGGCUGGAGGAGGUGGAGGUGGAGGAGGAGGAGGAGGGAGCUGGGAGAGGAGGCAGGCCUGCACUGGGAGCUGGGAACGGGGGAAGAGCUACGGCAGCUGGGAGAGGAGGAACCACAACCCCCUGGAACCAACGCCGUGUCCCGACGCCUACUGCAACCUGGUCAUCCUGGCUGUGGAGAACAGGGACGCUGCAGAGGAGUACUGUUCUCUGAUCUGUCAGAUGUUCCAGAUCAUUUAUGGCCAUCAGACAAUCGAGUGUGUCGACAGAGCAGGUUUUCACCACACGAUGCCGGACCGCUACUGGCUGCAGAGGAGUGACAGCUGUCUGACUGACAUGUCCUACAGUUAUGAUCCAGAGUUCAGCUGCUGCAGUUCAUAUGACGGUUCCCAGGAUGCUUUUGAGCUUUACUACAGCGAAACAUACAGCGAGAGUUCGUCUCUGUCUCGUCGUAGUUUGGCUUCAGCUAGUGACGGAGGUGACAAUAACCCUGCCCUGAUCCUGAUGCACGAAUAUAUGAUCACAUUGCGUAACAAACUGACUCCAGCAGAGUUGCAGCAGUUUGCGGUUUUGCUCAGAGAAUACAGGCUGGGAUCAAACAUCGACCACUUCUGCUGCGAGCUGCUGCAGCUGUACGGAGAUGAACGCAAGUUCCUGCUGCUGGGAAUGCGUCCAUUUAUCCCCGAUAAGGACGUCGGGGUGUUUGAGACUUUCCUGGAGAACAUCGGGAUUAGGGAAGGCGGGAUUCUAACCGACAGCUUUGGACGAAUCAAACGCAGCAUGAGCAACACAUCAGCGACAGCUAUGAGAGGGUAUGAUAAUUGUUCUCUGGCCUCAGGAUCUCAGGAAUUCAACCGACGCAUCACGGACAUCACCCAUGACAUUCAGGCACUCGGCUUCCAGGACGAACAUGGAGACAUCGAGGAGGAAGACUACUACCUCUGAGGACUAUCUGCCGUAGGAACUCUACAUAGAAAUCUUUGAAUAUCAGGUUGAACAGAAGGAACAGAAGAAACGACACAAACCCAGCAGGCGAAGGAGACGAAAGAACCUUGGAACAAAUGUAGCAGCUUCUUUUCAGCCUCGUUGGUGCUUAAAUAUGAACGUGUCUGUUCUUCUGAUUAGUGACCAAUAUUUGAUGUGAAUGAAAUAAAACUGAAUUUAGGGACAUUUAAAGGGAAAACCUUCUCAGAUGAGGAAGAAUAGCUUUAUGCCUUAAUGCAGCUUUAACACCAAUGAAUAAAGAAUGACACACUGUACCUUAUGUUUAUAGUUUACUGUCGAUAAACAGACAAGAAACACUGAAAUAAAAAACAUUUUAAGGGAAAGGUUCUAGUAUUGUGUCUUCACAUUAAGCAUCUGUUUGGGUUCGAUAUUAACCCAUAAAGACCCAAAGCAUCUACUGAUGUAACCUGUUUAAUAACUGUUAAUCCACUAAUUCUAGCAACGUGUUAUUGUGUGGCGCGCGUCGGCGAUGUGUUAUAAACUG